UGGUCAGAUGAGCGAGAUUAACCAUCUCUAUCAGAUUAUUUAUGACAGGGUUUUAUAGCAACAGUUCGUGCUGAUGAGUAUUGAUGAGUAUACUGAAUAUUUUGUGUAUUUAGUAGGAGAACUGUUCUGCUUUAAAGCCCUAGCUCUGUAGAGGUUUUGUCAUGGAGGUUGGCCUGUGCUCUGUGAGAGAAACUCCACACACUCCUGCUGCCCAACACUUAGAGCUGUCUGAAGAUGUACAAACUGAUGCUUUUAGCACAUCUAGUGAAGGAAGAGCCAUCAUCACUGUGGACCAUCAGGAUGGAGAUUUCCUGAUAAAUCCUCUAAAACAGGAAGAGUCUGAAGAUGAAGGCUUUCUACAUGAAGGCACAUCAAACUCUCUGAGCCGUGUUACUCCUAGUGAUCAGUUGGAUGAAGGAUUCCACAUGCAGCAGCUUAAAAAAGAGCAACCAGAAAAUGACAGAUAUCUCUACUGUGAGGAUUGCAGAUUGUUCUACAUCAACAAAUGUGAGGUUCAUGGUCCAGCUCUCUUCGUCCCUGAUAACGUCGUUCCCCUGGGAGUCCCUGACCGAGCCAAGCAAACAAUUCCACCUGGUCUGGUGGUUCAGGAGUCCAGUAUUCCUGAUGCAGGCCUGGGAGUGUUUAAUAUGGGAAAGACUGUUCCAGUUGGUGUGCACUUUGGGCCUUAUCAGGGAGACUUGGUAGACUGUGAGGAAGCUAUGAACAGUGGCUACUCCUGGGUGAUCUACAGGGCUGAGCAGUGUGAACAGUACAUUGAUGGCAGGAAGGAGAUUCAUGCUAACUGGAUGAGGUUUGUAAAUUGUUCGUGUGAUAACGAGGAGAAGAACCUUGUGGCGUUUCAGUACCAGGGUGGAAUUUUCUACCGUUGCUGUCGACCCAUUAGACCAGGACAGGAGCUCUUGGUGUGGUACACAAAGGAGUACGCCAAAAAUCUCAGCAUUGCAUUUGGCUAUAUCUGGAAGAAAAAGUGCUCUGCAAAUGAAAUAGACAUUGAAUCAAGCCAGUGGAUUUACACACAAGAUAAACCACAUCAGUGCUUACAGUGUGGUAAGAGAUUUACUGAGAGAGGUACUCUGGACAAACACUAUCGUAUCCACACUGGUGAGAAGCCAUAUCACUGCUCAGAAUGUGGAAGGAGUUUUACACAGCAGAGCACUCUUCAGCGACAUCAGCGCAUCCACACUGGAGAGAAACCGUAUCUAUGCUCACACUGUGGAGACAAGUUUUCAAACCAGAGUAAUCUCCAGAGGCACCAGCGUGUCCACACUGGAGAAAAACCGUAUCAUUGCUCACUGUGUGGAAAGAAUUUUACACAACGGAGUACGCUCCAACGACACCAGCGCAUUCACACUGGAGAGAAACCGUAUCAGUGUCGUCACUGCGGAGAGAGGUUUACUCACCAGAGUCUUCUCCAGUCACACCAACGCCUACACACUGGAGAAAAGCCAUAUCACUGUCCAUUGUGUGGGAAGAGUUUUACUGAGAGAGGUGCUCUUAAGAAACACCAGCGCAUUCACACAGGAGAAAAGCCAUAUCAUUGUUCAGACUGUGGGAAGAAUUUUACUGAGAAAAGUGCUCUUAAGAAACACCAGCGCCUUCAUACAGGAGAGAAACCAUAUUACUGUUCGCAGUGUGGACGGAGCUUCACUUUCUCAAGUUCUUUUAGUACACACAAGUGCACAAACACUUGCAAAGUGUAGUUUAUUAAUUUUUUUUCAAAUGAAGAAAAUUCUAUAUUUUUUUCUUAAGCAGAUUUUUUCAAUUUUGCUGUUUCCCACUCAUUCUCCACACUACCCUUGUUGUCCUUUUUCCCUGUGAUGUAAUGCACUAUUAUGGGCAAGGUACAUUGUGGUCCCACUAAAAGAUCUUUUUUUUUCUGAAAUGAGUUAGAGCAGGGGUGGCCAACCCUCUUUGCCCGGUUUCAGUGGCUCUUACGUUCAUAUCGAAGUUUGUAUUUAUGUCUUUUUAAUAUGCGUGUUUGCAUCGCUUGAGUUUAAUAUGAGUGUUUGCAGCAUGUGAGUGGGAUGAAAAUACCUCAAAGUUUCCCAGUAGUAGCAAGAUCAUUUGAGUAAACAAUUUGUGUCAAGUUCGCUCUCAAAAUGGCAGGGAAAAAAAGGUGAUGUUCAUGUGUGCCCAUGUGUGUGUUGUGGCUCCUUGCGGUAACACAGUAAAAAAUGUGGCGCUUGGUCUCUGACUGGUUGGACACCCCUGAGUUAGAGCAAGCUACUCAACAUCCAGUGUCUAAUGCCCUUUACACGUUUCUCAGUUAUUAAGCUGAUGUUUGACAUCUUGCUAUGCUGAAAGAUAUAGCUGUGUGUUAAGCUAAAACAUAAGAUAAAACUGUUUACUAAUACCCAAUGUUACCAUAUACAAAUAGAUAGAAGAUAAAACAGUGGCCCUUCUUUUCACCACAAGUACUCUACCAAUCUGUCUAGAAGAAUAGUGAGGUUGAUCGUAUUAAAAGCUUUACUAAGCAACACUAUCAAUAACCCUUAUCAGUGGACAACAACUUUAACCAGUGCUGUCUCAGUUCUGUGAUCAAACUUAAAGCCUGACUGAAAGAGGCCACUGUUAAAGGUGAACUUGAAUGUGUGAAGCUCCAACAGACAGAACUCUGACGUUCAUAGCUUUCCCACUGGCUUUUUUUAACCUGAAUCAAGUGGUGUUAAUACCAGCUACAAGUGUAAGCAUGUAAAUUAUGGAUAUUUGUUAUAAAAGAUGUUUUGUGUAUUUUAUUUUUUGUAAGUUUUUGUGUGCAUGUCCUUUUGAUUUGACCGUUAUUGUAAACUGCCAUGUACUUAUAUGUACUUUAAUUCCAAUGUAUAUGGAACAUUCCUGCAUGGACUGAGUAAAUGAGAUGUAUUUUAACUCUGGGUCU